UGUACAUCCGCCCUGUGUGACUGUUGCUGUUUGGCAGCUAUGACAACGAACUUUGAAAAGUUGGAUGAAUGGCUUCAAUGAAGAAGAAGCUUUCCUCUUCUAAGGUGCAUCACAAGUCUCUGAAAUGUACCGUUUAUUUGGACAUUCAGACAGUCACAUGUCCAGGACUGUUCCUGACUAGAAACAACGAUAUCUACCUCAGUGUGUGUAUCAUGGGCAAGUACAGGAAGACUCCCUGUUUGCCACCUGCAUUCCCUUUACUCUUCCACCACAAAAUGGUAUUUGUCAAGACUUUUCCCAGCGUUGUUGACCCUGCUGAUGUAGCUGACCUCCUGGAAGCUGACAUAACAUCUUUUGAGCUGAUUCAGUUGGUGCCUCCAGAGGGCGAGGUCCUAGCGACAAUGGAGGAGAGCAGCAGAGAUUUUCUGUACCCUGGUCCCAGACUGAGCUCCAGAGAAGGAGCGGCAGAGAGAGAAAUACUGAUGAAGAGAUCCUCCUCCUUUCCUGGAAUCUCCCCCAAAGUGGAGUUUGCCACGACAUCAGUCAUAGAAGAGAUUGAUGGGAGAGACAGCUUUUCUGCCUCACCUACUUGCUGUCUUUCUCCAGUGAGGCCAUCUUUAACCCCAUCCACACAGAGUUCUGCAAAAAAGUAUUCACCAUCCAGCGGGCAUUUUUCCAAAAUAAAUGAUGCGAACUGUGUCUCUUGGAAACGUGGGACGGAAAGGCUAGAUGUUGAGGCAAGAAUAACGAACUCUGCACCGACCUCAACAUCCAGACGAUCCCCUUCUUCAUCCCCAUCUGGCCGAAGUCCCCAGAAUAAAAAUAGGGAGAGAAAACACUUUUCUCCUAGAGUUUCUGCAGACUCUGGCUACCAGCAGCCCACAGUUUCCUCACAGACACGAGCCUUGUCCCCUUACACCCAUCGCAAGAUGUGCCAGCUUUCAGAGGACGCCACGCAGAGGCUUAGCCAUCUCCAGCUGGGGCCUCACCACUUCAGGAAGGAGACUGAGAGCCAGCCGCCCUUCUUGGUCCCUCGUUGCAGUAGUGUCUCUGUGAUUGGAGCUCCUUCCUCCUCUCCACAAAAUAAUAGCAUGCGUCGACACUCAGUCAGCGUCACAGCUGAUCACACAGAUUCUUCUUUCCUGGGGAGUUACAGACCAAGACCAGCCACAGUGAAGUCGGGUUCUGUGAGGGUCCAGUCAUCUCCAGAGACACAGUCCAGACUUGAAGCCCAGAUCAGAAGCCCUGUGAGAGGUGCUGCCUUAGCUCAGUCCACCCUGGCCAUGUCAAACGCCAGAAGUCCUCUAAAUCUCAGCCAUUCCCUCAGAGAAAGGCUCCGGACCAGUCCAUCCUACUGCGAGCAGAUCCACAGCCGAGUCCAGAGAAUUCUGCAGACACACAAAACCACCUGGGGACCACCAAAUGACCUUUGACCUUUAACUUCCUGAUCUGUCCACAAGGUGACCAAUAACAGGUUACAAUACAAAGACUAUUCCCAGUUAAAAUAAUCACUUUAAAUUUAAAGUUUAAAGGAAUGGAUACACUAACACACCUUAAUCUUAAAAUCUUACACACAAUUGUUUUUCCUGGUUAGAUUUUAAAAACUUACAAAAACAAUAUUGCAAGCCAUGUUUUCAUGAUGUGAUGAGUUUAAUUUACGAGAACAGUUACAAACAUUGGUGCCAGUCAUCACAAGAAAAUAUUUUAAUGUUCGUUUAUGCAUGUAUAUUUAGAAAUACUAUGAUUACUGUGCAGCAAAAUGUUUAAUACAGGUCCAUUUGAUUAAAAAGUUUGUUUUAAUUGUAAAUAUAAGCAAGUACACAAUUUUUCUGGGCAACUGUACAAAACUGACUAUUUUUAAUAUCAUUCAACAGCAACCCACCUCCUGCAGUUAUUACAUAAUACUAUGAAAAGCCAUUCAGAGUCCGUGUUCAUCACAUCACGAUUCAUUUCUUAUGGAAUUUAUUCUUCUUCUUGUUCCUCUUGCCAGCUCCUUGUGCUGCUUUCUCCGUCACAAUGUGCUGGUACUUCUUUUUGUUGUUCCUGAUAAGACAAGAGGAAAGUAUAUUUUGUCUGCAGAAAUGGCAAUAUUCUGUCAAGCAAACACCUAACAAUGUGCCCACACGUUAGCAAAUGAGGCUGUGGUGUUGCAAUGCAUUCCGUGACCCAUCAGAUUCUGUAACCUGAUGAGAAAUUAAGUUUAUGAUGGUUACAUACUGUAUUUUGAUAGCAGUUUGUCAUUAAAUAGAUUUGAAAUAUGGUGCCCAGUAUAGAUUUGUCUGUACAUCGCUAUCACCUCACAUGUCAAUAUUUGGUCAAACCAUCAGUCUAUAAUAACAAUAA